AUGAAAACUUCGAGUAUCCACAUCGCACUGCUCCUGAUCACCACGUUUAGCCAGGGAAUGGCUAAAAGUCAAAGUCCCUCAACGGCGAGUGUCGUGCAAGAUUUUCCCACCAACAUACUAAUCAUUAUCUGUGUGCUCCUGAUGACCUUCCUCUGGCUGGGAUGUACCUAUUUCAUAGCCAGUCGUCACCAGAAGGCGGUGGAGUAUCUCCAAAACCAAUUGGAUGAACUAUGGCUCCUGCAGGCCAAGCCCUCCGUCUGGCCACAUGCUCCAUUCAUUCCAAAUCCGCGGGGGGAGAAUCCGCCAGAGUACAUACCGCCAAAGAAUCCAGAGGAACAGCAGCAAGAAGACAAAGAGGCCAUGGAACGGGCCAAAGUGGCCAGGGCCUUUCUGGAAGCCAGAAAAAAGGAUAAGUGUGGGAAGAAUAAUGACAGUGAAUCAAGCGAGUUUUAAUUUUUAUAUUUUAAGUAAUCCUAAGCUGAAAGAUAUUUAAAAAACUACGUCAAACUAUGCUGUGACUUACAAAUUUUAAACCGAAAUCCAAAUUUUUUUGUGGAAUAAAUGUUAAUAGUUUCUGGAAAACUAUAUCAUGUCUAGCACUAUAAGUAUAACAAUUUCUUAGACUUAUCAAGGCUUUAAAAAU